CCUAUUGCAAAAAUAGUCCCCGAGGACGAGCCUCUGUGAUUGGAGGACAACGACGAGCGGAUGGUUUGGGUCCGGGAGGGGAAAGGCUGCCUGAUGGCGUGCAGCAAUUGGCGGGAGAGAAGGCGUGUGUAACUUGAAAGAGGACGAGACAGAUCCCUGAGCGACAUCACCUACACGCGAGCAGCCGAGAUUACUCAGUGCUUGAUGCUGAGCGUGGGAGGCGAAGAGAUCUUCCGCUGCGUCAAGCCGGCCCGACCCGGAAACAAACCUUUUAAAAAUACUGUGCACGCUGGUGAAGGGCGGAGGGAACUGAUGAGUGCGGAAGACGCCACGGCUUCUCCCGUUGCUAGGCGACGAGGCACGAACACCUGAGCGAAAGUCCGCGGCCGAGGCUUCCAGACUCCAGAAAAGGGCGCGCGCCUUGCUCGGAACAAGCCCACCCGUUCGUAGCGCCGGGGGUCCCACGUGUGUGACACUGUCGGGGGGGGCCUGGGAGAGUGUUUGCGGGGCGCCUCCUCCAAGGCCACCGGGGCUGCGCGGUGAGACAGGACAGAGAUUCCUUCUGCUAUCAGAUGUCUUUCUACUUGACUGAAAUGCACCUCUGGUCUUUGAGGAAUACCUUACACAUUGGAGAUAGAGACAUCGGCAUCUACCAGUAUUAUGACAAGAAAGAUACAGCAGAGCUUGGUAACUUAGAAGAAAAGCAGAGGUUUGCAGAAUCACGAGAUUAUCCUUGGACGCUCAAAAAUAGACGCCCAGAAAAACUUCGAGACUCACUCAAAGAAUUGGAGGAACUGAUGCAAAACAGUCAGUGUGUGCUGAGCAAAUGGAAGAACAAAUAUGUCUGUCAGCUCCUCUUUGGUUCAGGUGUGCUUGUGUCCCUAAGCCUUUCUGGGCCGCAGCUGGAGAAAGUGGUGAUUGAUAGAAGCUUGGUGGGGAAGCUCGGCUCAGACACCAUCAGCGAUGCUCUUCUCACAGACAGUUUCAUCAUCUUAUCAUUUUUGGCACAAAACAAUCUAUGUUUCAUUCAGUUUACAAAGAAGAUGGAUUUGUCUGAUGUAAAUAAAAGACUGGAAAAACUCUCGGCCUUGGAUUAUAAGAUUUCUUAUUUUGAAAUACCUGGCCCAGUUAAUAGGACAACGCAGCGUCAUCUAGCUAUCAACUGCAAUCAGGAUAGAGUUGUUUGUUGGUGGCCACUCGUCAAUGAUGAUGCUUGGCCUUGGGCCCCAAUUUCUUCUGAGAAGGACAAAGCCAAUCUGCUUCUCCUAGGUUGUGCUCAAGGAAGACUUGAGGUAUUAAGUUCUGUUCGCACAGAAUGGGAGCCACUGGAUGUUUGCUUUCUCACCAAACAGCCUUAUCAGGUGGUCACAGUGGAGCACUCUGUCAGUGUAGACCACGAGCCCAUGGCUGACAGCUGCAUCUAUGAAUGUGUUCGGAACAAAAUUCAUUGUGUAUCAGUCACUAGAAUACCACUAAGAUCGAAGGCCAUUAGCUGCUGUAGGAGUGUUACUGAAGACAAACUGAUUCUGGGCUGUGAAGAUUCUUCAGUAAUUCUUUAUGAAACUCAUCAUGGAGUGACUCUGUUGGCCCAGGCUGAACUUUUGCCUUCAUUAAUAAGCUGCCACCCAAGUGGUGCCAUUCUGCUAGUUGGCAGCAACCAAGGGGAACUGCAAAUUUUUGAUAUGGCUCUAUCCCCUAUUAACAUCCAGCUCUUGGCUGAAGACCACUUACCCAGGGUGACUUUGCAAUUCAGCAAGUUAUUUGAUGUUUCCAGCAGCCUUGUUCAGAUGCAGUGGAUAGCCCCUCCAGCUGUUUCUCAGAAGCUUGAAAGUGGAAGUGUCUGUGACCUUCUCUUUCUUAGGAUGGACAGAGGACCCUUGGGUGUGCUUUUGUUUAAGCUUGGCAUCCUCACUCGAGGACAGCUGGCCCCCAUGGACAUCAUCUUCCAGUAUAUUCACUAUGAUGAGAUCUGCAAGGCAAUAAACAUCCUGAGCAGCAUGAACUGGGACACUCUGGGCCAGCAGUGCUUUAUCAGCAUGACCGCCAUUGUGAAUCAUCUUCUCAGACAAAAGCUCACUCCACAGAGAGAAGCACAGCUUGAGGCAAGCCUUGGAACCUUCUAUGCUCCAACAAGACCGCUUCUGGAUACAACUAUUUUGAAAUAUAGAGACCAAAUCAGCAAGUACGCAAGGCGAUUCUUCCACCACUUGCUCAGGUACCAGAGAUUUGAAAAGGCAUUUCUCCUGGCUGUUGACAUCGGUGCUCGUGACCUGUUCAUGGAUAUCCAUUACCUCGCCCUAGAUAAGGGUGAAUUGGCACUAGCUGAAGUGGCAAGAAAAAGAGCUAGUGACAUUGAUGCGGAAUCAAUAACCUCUGGAGUUGAACUCUUGGGGCCUUUGGACAGAGGGGAUAUGCUAAGUGACGCUUUUGUUGGACUGUCUUUAGUUCCUCAAGGGGAAGAAUCACUUCCAGAUGAUCUUCCUUCCUUUGGAUCUGUCCACAGACAUAUUAUUCAGCAAAAAACACUGAAUGGUUCUUCUAACAGACAAGUAAUUGACAGAAGAAAUGAACAAGAAAAAGACAUCUGUGCUGAAUCUUUGAAGACCUGUAAUACAGAAGGUAAUGGAAUUCAAGGAGAACUGAAGCACGACUUCAGAGGACAGGACCCUGGAGAUGGAGAAGGUGGUUCUCUCAGAAUGGUUCACUUUGGUUUGAUGUAAAUAAUGACAAAGUUGUUUUUUUUAACUUCACAAAGAAACUGGUCUUUUUCACAUCUUUUUCAUGCCCUGAUUCUAUUCUUCUUUAUGCAUUUUUAUAAAGGAAAGACAGAAUAUGCAGCACAGCAUAACAGAAAAGCAUCAUAAAUCAAUCUUCUUAACCUACUUACUUUCAAUAAUAUACAAAUUUUGGAAAUUAUCAUACACCAUUUGAUGCCUUGUAAGUAGAUUAAUUUGUUCUCUCUAGCAUUUUAAAUUUCCUUCCUCAUGUCUUAUUUACAUAAUUAAUUUACAUUUAAAUAAAGUAUUUAAUUUACAUGUAAAUAAAGUAUUAAGAAAAAUAUCACCUCAGACCUAAUGUUAGUAGGUCCAUGUGUCUUUCAAAUUAUUGCCAUGAUGUCCCCUGGAACACAGAGAUGCUAUGUCUGUGGAGCGAAGUGGAAGCAGGCUUACCACCUGUUAUGAGAUUUGAGCUCCUUAAGCUCAGGCUUCUGUCCUUGAAACAGCCCACAGUGUGCAGGGUCAUUAGGCCCUUUUCACAUUGCUGUAUGCAGGGUCAUUUGGCCCUUUUCACAUUGCUGUAUGCAGGGUCAUUUGGCCCUUUUCACAUUGCUGUAUGCAGGGUCAUUUGGCCCUUUUCACAUUGCUGUAUGCAGGGUCAUUUGGCCCUUUUCACAUUGCUGUAUGCAGGGUCAUUUGGCCCUUUUCACAUUGCUGUAUGCAGGGUCAUUUGGCCCUUUUCACAUUGCUGUAUGCAGGGUCAUUUGGCCCUUUUCAUAUUGCUGUAUGCAGGGUCAUUUGGCCCUUUUCACAUUGCUGUAUGGGAAUGUAGUUAGGAAACAAAUGCAAAAAAAAAAGUUGACAUUUUGUCUACUGUUGUUGUAAUAAAAACUGUUCUUUGUC